AUUCCUUCGCCUGUAAGAGAACUCUGAUUUCGUAAUCUGCGAAUUCUCCAUGCAAGAACCCGAGCUACACGAUUUGUCCGACGACGCGGACUACGCUGCGUCACUUCAACAAGGGUCAGCAAGCAUGAUGUUAAAAAGCGACAGCGCUAAAUCGAGCUCGCCUAGGGAGCCCGAAGGUGCUGAGAUUGUCUAUACUAGGGACAACGUCGCAAUUCAUCCGUCUAAUUUUGCGUCUGAAAGGAUAAGCGGAAGACUGAAGUUGAUCAAGCAAAACUCUUCUUUGUUUGUGACGUGGAUACCAUAUAAGGGUAAUAGCUCAACUGCAAAACUGUCAGAGAAAGACAAAAAUCUUUACACCAUAAGGGCGGUGCCAGUUUCUGACAUAAGGUCCAUCCGGAGGCAUGCUCCGCCACUUGGGUGGCAAUAUAUCAUUAUUGUUCUGUCAUCAGGACUUGCAUAUCCUCCUUUGUAUUUCUAUAGCGGAGGAGUCAAAGAGUUUCUUGCUACAAUUAAGCAACAUGUUUUUCUUACAAGAUCUGCAGAUGAUGUAAACUUAUUUCUUGUCAAUGAUUUUCAAGAUCCUCUACAGAAAACUUUAUCUUCUUUGGAGCUGCCCAGAGCCAUUCCUCUUGCACGCGGUCCUUCAAACAUGUCACUUGAUGAGUCCUCUUUAGAUGAGAACCAAGGGAGUGGUGUCAAUGAUGGAAGUGCUAGUGCUUUCCAUUAUCAUGGGAGACCAAGAAAUAAAGUUCAUGAUCCUGCUCGAGAUCUUUCUAUUCAAGUUUUAGAGAAGUUUUCUCGUGUGACCAAAUUUGCCCGUGAAACGACAUCUCAAUUAUUCAGUGAACAUCACAGUAAUGGAUAUGAUCCCAAUUACAGAAGAACCAAUAUCCAUACUCCUGCACUCCCUGGUCAUCCUAAAAAAGCUUCCAGUGUUGCAGGAAAAGUUCCUCAUGAAAGUCCAGCUUUGUUGAAUUCAGAGAAUGUUUCUUGUUUAAAACACAAAUAUGGUGAAGAAGUUGCCACCAGUGUGGGAACUUUUGAGAUUAUCAGUUGUAAGGAGUUUGAUGAAUUAUCACUUAUUUGGGGAAAACCACGCCAACCCCCUCUAGGGUUUGAAGAGUGGAUUACUUUUUUGGACUCUGAAGGACGAGUUACAGACUUAAAGGCUUUGAGAAAGAGGAUAUUUUAUGGUGGACUUGAUCACAAAUUACGAAAGGAGGUUUGGGGUUUGCUGUUGGGUUACCAUUCACAUGAUUCAACAUAUGCUGAGAGGGAAUAUCUGAAGUCUCUCAAGAAGUCAGAGUACGAGACAGUUAAAAACCAGUGGAAGAGCAUUUCGUCAGCACAAGCUAGAAGAUUCACAAAAUUCAGGGAAAGGAAGGGCCUUAUAGAGAAAGAUGUGGUAAGGACGGACAGAUCAAUUGGUUUCUAUGAUGGGGAUGACAAUCCAAAUGUGAAUGUUCUACGAGACAUACUAUUGACAUAUUCAUUCUACAACUUUGAUCUUGGUUAUUGUCAGGGUAUGAGUGAUCUUCUGUCCCCUAUCUUAUAUGUAAUGGAUGAUGAGUCAGAGGCAUUUUGGUGUUUCGUUGCUUUAAUGGAACGUCUUGGACCCAACUUUAAUCGUGACCAAAAUGGCAUGCAUUCUCAACUUUUUGCAUUAUCUAAGUUGGUGGAGUUGCUAGAUGGUUCUUUACAUAACUAUUUCAAGCAGCACGACUGUCUGAAUUACUUCUUUUGUUUCCGCUGGAUUUUAAUUCAAUUUAAAAGGGAGUUUGAGUACGAAAAGACUAUGCGAUUAUGGGAAGUCUUGUGGACACAUCAUCUAUCAGAGCAUCUGCAUCUGUAUAUGUGCGUAGCAAUCUUGAAACGUUACCGUAAUAAAAUAAUAGGAGAGGAGAUGGACUUCGACACACUGUUGAAGUUCAUAAAUGAGCUAAGUGGUCAAAUUGACCUUGAUGCAACUCUCAGAGAUGCCGAGGCUCUCUGCAUAUGUGCUGGCGAGAACGGCGCGGCCUGUAUACCGCCCGGAACACCUCCCUCACUGCCAAUUGAUGAUGGCUCGUUAUACUCUCAGCAAGAUGAUGAAGUAUUGUGAGUGAAUAAAUCACUUUAUACAGAAUUAUCUCGGUGAUGACCAUCAAUGUCGUGCUUGCUUCUAUGUGUAAUUAUUGAUUCUGUAGUUGAGAUGAUUUUGACAUGUUAUAGUGCAUUUUUUAAUGAUUCCUUUCAUAUGUACUUGAUGGCUGAUUUCCUUGACCCAUGUUAUUGUUAAUCUGGGAGCUAGGUGGAAUGUUCUUUUCAA